AUGUCUGCAAGCGAGGCUUCUGAGACAUCGACGCCGCAAAUGCUCGUUUUAGGACAAGGGGACGAUGAUCACGAGUUUCUAAACGAUUCGGCCGCAUCAUCAAACAGCUCUACUGCAGCGAGCGCAAGCAUUAGAACAAGCCCUUCCUCAUGGCGCCGAAGGCAGCGUCAGAGGCAGCCGAUGAGUCGUGGGGAUGAAAUUAAGCAGCCCUCAUUGAUUAGCCGACUUUUUCUUUCGUCGUCGAAAGACGAAUUAGUCGACACGAAUCAGCAAGACGUCGAAAGCGGGUAUACAUCCUUGGCAGAGCCACAAAACUACGAGGGAUUGGGUUGUGAAACCGAAAGAGCGGCACAGAUAUUCCGAUUGAAACGCGCUGCUGCUCUAAAACAGUCUCUGCUUUGUGAUGAAAGUCAACUGGAUCAAUCGUCGAAAACUGGAGCUGAUGUCAUGUCCUCGGAAGAUGCUUUACAGCAGGAUUGUUCCUUUUUCUAUCGUGAUUUGGAGGACCUGACAGAGUCCACUGAAACACGAUUAAAUCGACGGACGCCUCGAUUUGGCAGUCUAUUGCGACAGUCUUUAAAUGGCGAGGCAUCAACAGGUGCAUCCUAUACGUAUAUGACGUCCCCACCAAUCCUGCAACACUACCGCACGCGAUACGAACAGCUCAAUCAAGAUUUGGCCCCAAUGCGACAUCGUCAUGACUUAGAACUAUCUAUCGGAGAUGACGAUAACAAUGUAGGUGGCGAAACUGAGGAGCAUGGCAGAUCAAGAGGAGUACAAGACUACUCUAUCGUCAAGAAUGACACAGCCGAGUACUCGAGUCUCUUCUACAUUCUCCACGGCAAGCUUCUGAUGCAUUUACCCCAUGAUCACAUUCGUCUCGUGAUGGAUCCCGAUUUAGAACCAGGGAUUCUUUCGGUAGAGCAACGCCGGCGUCCGUCUGAUCGACUGGAUCUUUCGGAAUCGGACCUUGAGACUAACAAAGAGCCCCCACCACCAUUGCAUUACGUUUUGACCGUCCCGGACGACUUGUAUCGUCGUGUAGUGGGGGAGCUCAGCGACAGCAUCUUCCAUUCCAACUGGGGUUUGACUUCUUCAGAAGAGCGCAAGGUUGAUAUUCGAGUUGCCUUGUUGGUAUUGGCAGUGGUCUGCUUCCUCUUUUGGGUGGUGGUGCUGAUUUGGGGCGAGAAACAGUAA